GGAUAUCUUUUUCUGUACCCAUGCCAACUUCACAAUUAUUCGUAAUGUCACGGAAUAACGAAUAAAACAGUUGCAGUGUAUUUGCCUAGUGUUUAGGUGGUGUAGUCUUUUGAACUCCUACAAUCAGACAAGCUGGUGAUACAAUAUCACAUAGCAUGUAUUAACAAAACAUAGAUUUUGAUAUGAAAUAUAUAAAGAAAUAUGAAUGGCGUGUGACUAGUUGUGAGCAUUAUCGAUGAUUAUUGAGAUGAUUCUGGAAUUUUAGUUGAAAUUUCUUGAUUGAAUCAUGAUCAUUGUUGAUUAUUGUUAACAUUUUGGAUAAAAAGUAACUGAUUCCCAAAAUACUGACCUUGCACUGGUUGUUAAUCAAUGACUCGUGUAUACUAAUAACAAUAGGCUAAAACAUACAUCCUUAAAAUGUUCUCAAUAUUCUCAAUUUCAUAUUGAACAAAGAUAUGGACGUAUUAAACGAAGUAGAAGAUCUCUUUGAGAAAUUAGAAGCAGUUCCAGUUGAAGUCAAAGAAGCAGCUUUAAGAAAAAUAGUUGAAAAAUUAUGUUCCUUUGCCCCAAAUGGUAGACAGGAAGAUGUCCUAACUGUGGAUGAUGGAUGGACACAUGCAGCUGCUGGUGCAAAAAAAAAAAAAGAAAUUUCUUCCAUGCAAAGGAGACGUCCUACAAAAAAACGUAAGAAGGAGGACAAAAAUGAACAGAGAGAUGAUCUUCAAGUGUAUAGUUCUGAAAGUCACAAUUCAGAUUAUAUAGUGGAGAACAUAUUGACUAGUCGAGGACGUAAAGCACAGCGUAUAUGUUAUGUACAAAUGAAACAACAAGGCACUUUGGAACUACUGAAGAGAGACGAUUUGGGUGCUCAAGAGGUUAUAUCUGUGCCCACAGGAAAGAAUUUGUGUGAAGUUGAAAAUUCUCAACGUUUAUCCAGUCAAGACUUGGCCACUGAUGAAAUUGCUGACAUGCAUAAUAUUAAAGAUAUAUCAAAGCUAGUUAAAAAUAAGUCCUUAAUAUCUGAAUUGGGUAAUGAUGUUCAAGAUACUGAUAGAGAAAUGAAAUUAGAACCUUCUUGUGAAGAACCUCAGUUGGUGAUAGUUGACCCAGAUGGUCCUGAAAGCACUGAAGAAAGUAAUGAUGCAGGUGUAUUGGAACCCAACGCUAGCAACACUGACAGGAAACAAAAUGUGAAAUUUAGGAAGGCAAAUGAAGAAAUAAAAACUUUUACUAAUAAUAGCAAGGAGAAAUCAAAAGAGGAAGAAAUUUUACAUUGUAAUGAGUGUUCUUUCCAGACUUGCAACCAAAUUUUGUUUCGAAGUCAUAUGCGUAAGCAUGUAGGCUUACGUCCUCACAGGUGCCAAGACUGUGGAAAGACCUUCCCUCAAGCAUCUGCCUUAAGAGUUCAUAUGAAACGACAUAGAGGUCAGCGUGAUUUUCCGUGUGAUUAUGGUUGCAACUAUCGUGCUUAUACUAAAGUUGACAAAUUGCGACACAUGACUCUGCAUACUGGAGAACGCUGCCACCAGUGUCAGUAUUGUGGGAAAGCUUUUACAAAAGAUUCAACUCUGCAUGAACAUGUGAAAGGUGUACAUGAACGUCCCAACAAGCAUAUAUGUGCUACAUGUGGCUUUUCCACAUACCGUGCCAACAACUUACGUGUGCAUAUAAGUAUGCGCCAUAGAGGUGAAUAUAACAAUCAUGUGUGUCCAGUAUGUGGUGCCAAAGUGAAACAACGAGCAGCUUUUCUGGAUCAUAUGCGUUCUCAUACUGGAGAACGACCGUACAAGUAAUAUUGAAGUCCACAUCAUACACAAUUUUCUUGAUGGAAAAGCAAUAUAUUUGCCUAAGUAUUAAUUAACUUGUAAUUAUUUAGAAGGAUAAACAGUGAGUGUGCCAAUGGAUUAGGAAUUUUUAGUUUUUUAUAUUGUUUUAUUUGCAACAUGAUCUCAAGUUGUGAACAUUGUGUGAACUUUGUGAGAUGAUUAAAACUCAAUGACAUACAGUAAAAACCUUGUUAAAAUAGACAUCUAGGGACAGUUGUUGGCCAGAUAAGUGGAAACUGGUUCAUGUAUCUUCACCUAGGAAUAUCUGAGUUUUUUACUGCUCUCAACUAAAACAAUGUAAAUUUUGUUGUUGUUGACUUAACUUUUGUAUUGGAGUAAUUAAAAUUAGAAUUCUCCACUGGAUUAUCUGUAAGUUGAGGUGGUUCACCUGCAAACAGCACUCUUGUUCACCAGAUUAUCAGCAGAAAUAUCACAAUGAUGGUGAAAAGCUUAAUACAAAGGACAUAUUAAGAUGUAGUAAGCAGUCACCUGGCUUACCAUGGAAAAAAUUAAAGUUUCAAUUUCCGUUACUUGUUAAUCUCAUCCUAUAAAACAGUACAAUGUCAUGUUAUUAGAAAUCACUAUACAUCUAAUCAAUAGCUUGUGAAGAGAUUGUUUAAUUCAUGGCAUCAUGACAUAGGACCUCUUUAAUAUGUGUAAUAAGUGAAUGAAUCCAACCCAAACAAAUUGAAACCCCUGUCCAUGCUAAAAAAUAGCUAGCAAAGUAUGAAAAUUAUAUUUGUUCAAAUAUCUGCGAGUGUCUGCAAUUUGUUCCUUCAAUAGCAAAUGUUAUUUUAUUUAUAUUUUUAUUUUUUUAGGUAACCAUUUACCUCUCUGGUCUGUGCAAAUCCCAUCCUGGCUAUCCACUGUCAGUGUACCUGUAAUAUCUUCCAUUUACUCACCUGGACGGAGCCGCUACACACUUCUCUUACCAAGCAGGAGAUUGUUGUUAUCAAUAGGGCGCACACCAUGUGCUACUGGCCACCUAAGUUGCUUUAUAAACCAACAAGUUGCACCCACUGCUCUCUCUAGUGUCCAACUGAAGUAAUCUGUUGACUUGUUGCAGCUGGUUUUCUAUUUCUUUAUCUGCUAAGACUGUGUCAUAAGCUGCCAUCACCACACAAUAUGCUCAGACAAGACAUUAUGAAAGACAGAGAAAGAUGAUCAGAAGGAAAAUGUGAUUAUACGGAGCAAAGCCCAUAAGUUCUUGGCCUGACCUACUUCACGCACAGAAUAUUGUGAGUGGCAGUGAUUGGAAUCUUAGUUUGGAAUACUAAUACCCUCUGUUGCAUUCUUCUCUUUACAGGAGUGAUUAUCACCUGUAUGCACAUGUCAAUUAUGAAGUAUUGUGUGGUGUUAACAUUUUUAACAAAAAGGAUUGUACACUUUUUCCAAUCACAAAGGCCGUGGAAAAGUGUGUGGUAAUGCUUCCCAUCGUAUUCAACCAUAAAACAUUAGUCAAAUUCUUUUAACUUGGAAGAGAAACUUGUGACAGGGAGCGUGCAGUGGACGUCCAGCAACAGUAAUCACUGAAGAAAACAUUGUAACUGUCAAGGAGGAUGUGCUUUCUGACAGGAGACUGAAGUCUAAAGAAAUUCUGCAUGGCUUGAUUUGUCAAAAACAAAUGACCUUUGAAUUCUUCAUGAACAUUCAUGGACAAGAUCAGUGCACUUUGGAUGCCUAUAAUUCUUUCCACAGUGCAGAAACAGACGCGGAUUAAUUGUGCCUGACAGAUUUUGGACUUUUGUGGGAGGAACAAAGAUGCUUUUCUUCGAUAUAUUGUCACUGGCAAAGAGGCCAUGGUUUUCUGUUAUGUCCCCCUGUCUACGAGUGAAUUAAUUGAAUGGUGCCGGAUUGGGGAUUCUCCCCAAAAGAAAGCAAAAGUAUUGCUAUCAACAAGGAUUAUGGAAAGGAUUUUCUCGGUCAGUGAAGGAAUAUUGUUAAUUGAUUAUAAAUAAAGAAAUUCUACUGUAAAUGCAAAAUAUUACACCAAUUUAAUAACAAAAUUCCAAGAAGCCAUAAAAGAAAAGAGGUGGGGUAAACUUUCAAGAGGUGUCUCUUGCACCCAUCUGUACUGCUUCUCAUAUGAAGGCCAUUAUUGAACACUGAUGGCUUCACAGAGCAUUCUCAUCCACCUAACAGUCCUGACUUAGCCCUGAGUGACUACUUUUUGUUCCCAAAAUGAAAGUCCGUUGAAAUAAAAAAUAUAUAAAUAGUAUUUAUGGCGAGGAUGAAAUGCAGAAACAAAGAACAUGUGAUAGGGAAAAUGGGGCAGUAAGGGGAGAAAAUACAUAAAAGAAAAUGUGUGAAUGUUGAAAGGAAAGGAAAGGGGAGGAAGGAAAAAAAAAAAAAAGAAAGAAAAAAAAA